AUGGAAGCAGCCUUGUGGAAGUUAGAGGAUAAACUGAAGCUAACAACAAUAGAAGCUGUCGUGAUCUUGGUCGGAACAGCGGCUACGGUAACGCUUCUCUGCACAGCCGCAGCGUUUCUCAACCGCAAUUCUCGAGGAAAGCAAGUAGGAGACGCGGAGUGGGCGUCCGAAACCGUGGUUGGAUCAAGAAGGAUGGGAGAAAAGAGGAAUUGUAAGUGGGGCAAAGUGAAGAGAACGUUAAUGGGUUCGUUUUGUUGGAGCUCUGCAGCGAAGUGGAUGGAGAUGGAGACGCGGAGGCCGCCAUCAUUGCUUGCGGUUAAAGAAAGGAGUCUUAAUGCUGUUGAUCCGGUUUGGCAACGACCGAUUCUGAUGGGUGAGAAAUGUGAAUUGCCGCGGUUUAGCGGUUUAAUAUUGUAUGAUGAACGCGGACAUCCGCUUCAUCAUACUCAAUCUCAAGAAGAAGUGAGUGUAAGUUUUUACUCUUUUUCCAAUAGUAAACACUAA